AUGGAAAAACAAAUGCAUUCACAGCGAGUAACCGUUUGGUGUGGCUUUUGGGCAGGUGGAGUGAUCGGCCCAUACUUUUUUGAAGAUGAACGUGGAAAUGCAGAAACAGUUAAUGGAUAUCGUUAUCGAAAUAUGAUUUCAAAUUUUCUUUGGCCUAUUCUGGAUGACAUGGACACAGAAGAAAUGUGGUUCCAGCAAGACGGUGCUACCUGUCACACUUCUGGGACCACAAUUGCAUUGAUUCGUGAAAAAUUUGACGGCCGAAUCAUUUCCAUUCGUGGCGAUCAGCAGUGGCCACCAAGAUCAUGUGAUUUAACUCCAUGUGACUUCUUCCUUUGGGGCUACAUUAAAUCACUUGUUUAUGCAAACAAACCGCGAACUUUAUUCGAUCUUAAGCAAGAAAUUAGACGAGUUAUCAGUGAACUCGAUGGGCAAGUCUGUGAAAACGUAAUUUGUAAUUUCAUGGACAGAGUCACUGCGUGUCGAGCGAGUAGAGGGGGUCAUGUGCACGAUAUUGUAUUUCACACUUAA